CACUGAGGAUUUUUAGUUUUAUUGUUGGGGCAUUGCCCCCUACAUUUGCUCGUUGCAGACCUGCGCGCGUGCGCAAGUCCCGGGUUUACUGUUAGCAUGUGGCGCCCGGCCUUCCAAACCUACAGGGGGCAGCAGGUCCCGCGCUCGCCUCCACAUCACGUGAUUUCAUCCUUUUCCUCGACUCUUAACUUACUUCCGGAGCACGGGACGGAGCGGAGGUAGAGAGGAAAAUGGUGAAUCUACGGCCUCGGCGAUCUUGCCGCACGUUGCCAGUCAGGCUGGUUGUGGACCAGGGAGGCGACGGGGAAGACUCAGAGAGGGAAAGCUCAGAAGAGGAAGGGCUAGACUUGGAGUUCCCCGAUGGAGACCUAGCAGCUGAGCCGAUGGCAGACGAGGACGAAGAGGAUGAGGAGGAUGAAGCUCCCGAAGAGGUGACGUUCGCCAGCGCCCAAGCGGAGGCCAAGGAGGAUGAGCGGCGCCUGCGGGACGCUUUGCGCAGAGACAAGGAACUCCUAAAGGAGAAGAGGAAGCGGCGGGAAGAACUGUUCACGGAGCAGAAGAAAAGAAAACUACUUCCUGCCACUGUUUUAGAAGAGUUAACUGCAGCUCCCCAGCCAAAAAUUAAUGAAUCAUCAUCAGAACUGAAAAAAGGUAAUGUGGAAAAUGAGAACAAGGAGAAGAAAGAAGAAAAAAUGUUCCCUAAGCGAAUAAAGAAGAGAUACAUGGCCUGUAGACUAAAAGACCAAGAUCUGAUAGAUUUAAGGCAGCAAGCAGCCAAAGGCUUCCUGCAGAAGUAUUUAUACGGUCGAGGGAGCAACAGAACUACUGUAAACAAAUUUCUCUCCCUCAACAACAAGAGACUACUAGUUAAAAAACCUGCAGUCCAGUUUGUGAAUAAUAAUUGGGGAACAGAGAGAAAGCAAAGUGCUAAGAAGUUCAAAAAACAGUGGAUGCAUAAAAAGAAACUAGCUUCCAGAAGACCAAACAUCAUAUAAGUCAGUUUUUUUUUCAACGUUCACACAGAAUUUAUUAAACCUGUUUUGUUUUUA